AUGGACGUUACCGCGUCCUCGGGGACGAUGCAGAGCGAGUCGAACGAGCCCGUGUCCCUGCCUGAUGCGGGCGACUCGUCGCGCCGUACGCUGUUCUCUCGCCGCAAGACGACCAAGAACAAGCGCCGCUGGAGCCGUCUGCUCUCGCGCGACAAGAAGCGUGCCCCGACCGAGGAGGCCAAGGACGAUAUGGUGAUCGAGAUCGAGGCUCAGGUCGCCGCCGGACCGCCGGUGCUCCUCGUCUCGGGACCGGACGAGGACGGCGGGAGGACGCAGGCCACCGAGGCCCAGCGUGCCACCGAGGGCGAGCAUCCUUCGGUACAAGGCCGUCGGGACGAGGAGGUCGACGCCAUGAACGAAGACCAACUCGUCAAUCCCCACGACGAGGCGCCGCCCGUACCGGACAAGCCCGUGCCUUCCAGUGUGACUGCGUCGGCUUCCGACCCCACUCCGCCUGUCUUGCCCGCCCCGAUCCUUCCUCCGUACGACCUGGGCGCGGCCAUGGAAGCCGUCUCGAUCACCGAACCCGCCCCGGCUCUGUUCAAAACGGCGGUGCACGAAUCCAUGCACCCCGACGAGAGCCGGGACCAGGACGAGGAAGAGGACGAAGGCGAGCGGCCGCCGCCCCCGCUCCCCAACAGGUUCCUCGACGAGUUCCAGUGGCACAUCAAGACCAUCGAGUUCCUGCGCCGCGCCGUCGCUGGUCAGGAACGCUACCUGUAUGCGAUGUGGCUGCGCCGCGACGACUACAGGAAGCUGGUGCCGCCAAAGAUGCUCCACGAUUGGUGCAAGUACGGCAACAAGGCGCACGCCGCCAUCGUGCUUGCCCUCCAGGAAGACACGCCCAGCAAGGUCCUCGACUGCAUCGCGACCAUGAAGGAUGAAAAGAUGCCCGACUGGUUCAAGGUCGAGCCGCCCUCGGUGUACGGACGCGAGGAAGAAUGCCCCGACAUGGCCAGUGCGAUUUCCGAGCUCCUCGCUGCGCUCAACGCGAUUUACGCCAAGCUCCUCGCCUGUGUCGACCCGCGCUUUGUUCGUCCGGACGAGCAGACCAUGUCGCAAGUCCAGGUCGAGACGCUGUACGGCAAAGCGUCGAUGGCAAAGCUCUUGGAGCCCUUUGGCGAUGCCAAGCUCCUGAAGAACUUGAACGUGGAGUAUACGGACGAACAGCUCCUCCUGAUCCAAAGCGUGCACAUGAUCCUUACGGACAUUAUGGGACGUACUGCGAUGAACCUUACGUACAUCGCUCGGCAGACGGCGCUCCGCGAGAUUAGCCAGUGGGAGCAUCUGGUGCAGAGUUCGCCGCCCAUUCAAUGGGAGAUCCUCAUGUUCUGUUUCUGCACGUGCAAGAGUCGGUCGCGUGAGGAAAUGAUCGAGCCGAUUUCCAAGGAAGUUUUGGGGAGUCUUGCCACGGCCACAUCCGCCGCCCAGUUGGCGGUGCACUUGCCGAUCAAGGUGCCGUUCAUUAUUCCUUCUCGGUCCGGUGAACCGCUUUCGACCUAUGACCUGUACACGACCAGGAUCUUCCACCCCCGCCUGCGCCCGUUCCCGUAA